AUGAGGACUAAGGUGACUAGAAGCCACAUCACACGGACAGCCAGCUGGCUUCCUCCUGCAGAGAGCUGGCCGGUCGGGAAGGAUGGCAGCGGCAGCGGCUCCGAGCAGGAUGAGGAGGAGCUGCCAUAUGGGUGGGAACAGGCGCUGGACUGCCACGGGAAACCUUAUUACAUCAACCACGUCAACAAAACGACGACGUACGUGGCUCCUGAAGGGUGCUCGUGUGAGUCUCCUCCCGCGCCACGAGACGUGGUGCUGGAGAGAGACCCUGAGCUGGGGUUCGGGUUCGUGGCCGGCUCCGAAAGACCUGUGCUCGUGCGGUUCGUCACUGAUAACUCACCUAGCGUUGGCAAGUUGGAACCAGGAGACCAAAUCCUAUGCGUCAACGGUGAGGAUGUGAGCUUAGCAGCUCGGGAGCAUGUGAUCACAGCUGUAAGGGCAUGCACUGAGCGGGUGACAUUGAGGGUCUGUCAGCCAGCGAGGAGUGGGAACCCUAUGAGGAGAUCAGCGCUGCUGUCUGCUGCCAAGAGAGCCAGGUUACGGGCGAGGCCACCGAGGGUCCGGUUCGCUGAUUCUGUUCAGCUGAAUGGAGCUCCCAUGUAUCCUCCAUCAGCGUUCUCUCUCGGGGACCUCUGCCUGCCUCCAAUGGCGAAUGUAUUAAAAGUGUUCUUGGAGAAUGGUCAGACGAAAUCCUUCAAGUAUGAUACUACAACGACGGUGGCAGACGUGGUGUCGAGCCUCAAGGACAAGCUCUGCAUCACUGCUGAGGAGCACUUCAGUCUGGUGGUGGAACACGUCAAGAGUUUAAGAAGAAACAAGCUGACGUUGCUGGACCCCAAGGAGUCUCUGGCCAGGAUCGCGGCGCGGCCGGGGUCCUACAAGAUGCGGUGCCUGUUCCGGGUGGUGUUCAUGCCGGCGUCAGCUGCUGAGCUGGCGCAGCGUGACCUGGCGGCGCUGGAGUACCUGUACCUGCAGAGCUGCAAUGAUGUAGCACAGGAGCGCUUCGCCCCCGAGCUGCAGCCUGAAGUGGCGCUGCGGCUGGCUGCGCUACACAUGCACCAGCAUGCACUAGCUAACAACCUGCCGCCUGCUAAGCUCACCGUUAAGGCUGUCGAGAGGGAGUUUGGCUUGGAGCGGUUCGUUCCAAGCGGCCUGCUGGAGAGUAUGAAGAGGAAAGAGCUGAGGCGACUGAUCGCACACUUCCUCAAGAUGAACUCGCAGAUGACUGGCAGUCAGAGGCAGUUGACGCAGCUACAGGCGAAGCUGCACUACCUGGAUAUAGUGGCAGGUCUGCCGAGCUACGGAGCGAAGUGCUUCAGCAGCAGUCGACCGGAGCGGGUGCUGCUGGUGUCACCGCGGUUUGGACUCAGCCAGAUCGUGGGCCGGAGCAAUUCUGUGCCUCAACCCAUAGCUUCUUUAGAAGAAGUGGAAGGUAUCCGAGUGAAGCGCGACUGGUCGAGUGGGGGGGCGGACGUGGCCAUCUUCCUGCAGCGGGACCGCGUGCUGGCGCUGCUCAUGGACGAACGGGAUGCUGCAGAGAUGCCUCUUGUCAUCGCUGGGUACUACCGCUUAGCGACUGGCCAAGAGCUGAACGUGGAACAAGAACGAGAACCAAUGACUGAAGAUAUAGCUCCGCCAUACUUGUCGCAACACAACGUGGUACCAGCUAAAUGGAGCUACCUCCACUACGACGAUCCCAACACGUUAUCGAAGAAGCACUACGCCAUCUUCAGCAUGCCUCCCCCCUACCACUCCACUCCCGACCAGAACAAGUCCCUGGACACCAACAUGAACACCAACAUCAACAACAGGAACCACAGCAACAACUCCAGUCCACUAAUAGGCUAUGAUUCCAAGUCUGGGCUCCUAGGCCACGAUGUCCACUUCGAGAAAUGUAAGAGAAACGAUGACUUCAGACUCUUCGAUCCCAAUGACGCUUGCUACCUCGACGACGGUAUGGGCUUCGACCUUCAAAGCGUUCUAUCCAUGGAACUCUUAGAGAAUGCUUCGAACCACCCUCGACUCGUAGAGGCCAAGAACGAAGAGGUACUAAGAAGAGUAGCAGAGAUGCAGAAACUAGUUGAAAACUCCGAACAAUACUUGACUGAGAAUAGUGAUUACGAUGCUUAUCAUGAAAACUUAAGAGAUGAACUAGUUGGUAAAGAAACUUGUGUAGAUAAUGUAGAGAGUGAUACAGAGUCCAAUACUAGUAGGAUGACGGACGACGCGCCCGGCAUACUGAAGCAUAGCGACUCUUUGCUUCUGCUGACUGAAACCAUUAAUCAAGGGUUGAGCGGGUUGAACGUACCGGAGAAUGGUAAAGACAAUAAUAGCUUAACUACUCGACAGUCUCAAGGACUCAGCGCUAUACUUAAUAAUUGUGGACUGACUGACGCCCUCAUAGCGUUGAACAAUGAUGUUUGUCACUCUGAGAGUGAUAAUGAUUCGCUUUAUACUCCCACAAAUAGUCCUAUACGGAAGCAUCAAAACAAAUCCACGACCAAAGGCGUCAGGACUAGUUUUGGUUUAGUUAGCCCUGAUGCCACACAAGACAAUAAGGAGCCUAAUCUAAAAGAAUAUUUGAAGCAGCUUAGAGAGAAAAGUAGUAAAGAAGAAACGAAGGCGGCUGACUACCCGUACUUCUAUCAAGAAAGCGUAGUUGAUAAUGAUGCUGAGCUUAUAGAUUUAACUUUGAUACCUCCCCCACAAACGCCCGAUGAAUUAGACUGUGCUACGCAAGUGCCUCAUAUUUUACCCGUAGUUCCACCAUCGUUUGCUGACGACAAAGCGAAUUCACAAGAGAAUUUAUCGAAUGCACCAAAAAAGAAUGAUCUAGAAGAAUUUAUAGCUAAUGUUACGAUACAGCCACCUACUGUGAAAGUGACGCCGGCGAUAGAGUUAACUCCUGAGGAAAUCAUGUCGUAUAUCAUUCCACCGCCACCCGCUUCUAACUCGUCCACUUUAGAUAGAGAACAAGUUAGUUAUGCUAAUCAUAGUCAAAUAAUGGAGGCGAAAAACGAACAAGCGAAUGCCGAAGCUAAGUGUGCUAAUGGUGAUAUUGUGAAGGGUACGCUAAGUGUCAGUGAGAUUAGAAAUAUGUUUGCAGCAAAAAGUCUUAGCGACGCCAGAAAUAGUCUCUUAUUAAAAGAUAAAAAUAAAGUCUCCAAUCAAACGAAAUCGGACUCGCCUAAAGGAAAAAGAAAAAGUUUAACAAAUGAGAAACAAUCAAAUGGAACUGCUCAUGUUAUAGAGUACCCAACAGUUGAGAGAAAAGGAAUGUUCUCCUGUUGCAGCAAGGACAAGAACAAAUCCGAGGAGAAUUCAGAUGAAAAUGAAAAAGUUGAAACGCAAAUACAGAACUCCGACUCCAUUCCUGACGUGUGUGAAAUAAGGCCGCCACCGAGGAGAAAAAACUCCGACUGUAAGAAACCCCCAGAAAGACCUCCGAAGAUACCUCCCACACCUGCACCGAGACCGCGGUCCAACUCAUUCACUUGCUUGAACAACGAACUCACGGCUGUUGAGAUAACGAACAAUCAUUUCAGCACAUUGAACAAUAGGAAACUGAACUACAAAGUAGUCUGCGAUAUAAACGAGCAAGCUACGUCGAACGCUCCUCAACUGCCGCCGCGACUAGAGAACAAAGUUCUGUCCCCGCCACCACCAAUACUAUUACCUCCCAAAAAGCCGCCUCUACCUCCCGUCCCGAGCAUCGAAGUGCUUCGACUAAAGAAUGCUCAGAAACAGUCGCCUAUCAGGAACCCGGAGCAAAGGUUAGCCAGCAUUGGCUCGCCACACUUUCAACGCAACUUGAACACAUAUAGGAAUCUUGAAAUAGAAAACAGAUUGACUGACGAAGAUGCUCAGAAUAUGAGAUCAUCUCCAAACUAUAGUUCUAUGAGUUUACAGACCCGACAUGUGAGGUCGAAUUCUGAAACGAAGAACACGAUACUGAAGAACAACACGGCGCUGUCGUUGUGCUCGCCGCAGAUGAACAGACGGUUCAGCAACAGGCCGGACUUACUGAACGGUGCUCCCGGCGAGCGAGUGUUCAGUCCGCCUCUGUCAGAGCGUCAGUCGUUCCGGCGCGACAGUGCUAGUCCUACUCCUAAGGUACAGAACCAUGUGAGGUUUAAGGACGACGUCGUGGAUGAUAUUCCGACGCCGCCCUCACCUCCUACGGUGAAGUUUCCGGAGUUCCAGUCGGGGAACAAUGGCCACGUGUCGAUAGAGAACCUGCUGUGCAAGACGGAGGUGGCGGUGGACGGGCUGCUGCAGCGGCUGCACCAGGUCGCGCAGAAGUGCUCGCAUCAGCACGCGCAUGGAGGGGGCGAAGAUAUCGAUGAGGCUAAGUUUCAGCGUGCUCGCAGUGAGCUGACGUCGUGCGCAGUGUCCCUGGUGAGCAUGUCGCGCGCGCUGGUGGGUGCGCUGGGCGGGGCGCAGCCCGCGCAGGCCGCGCAAGCGCUCGCACACUGCCUUACGCCACUCAGAACACUUGCGGACUUGGCACAGGCCCUCGGUAGACAUACAUCAGCACCUCUCCAAACGCGAAACUUGGUCCUUCGAGUCCACGACGUGACCGCGGCCUUCAAGGAGCUGGCUGGCGCAGAAAUGGCACAAAUAAUCCACGACCACAACGCCAAGAAGUCUCAAGGUCAAGGACAAGAGACCAACUCGACCUUAGAAGGUCAACUGGCGCUGAGAGCCGAAUGCCUAGCUAAUGUCCUGGCUACAUUGCUGAGAAGCCUCAGGGUUUUCUCACCGUAAGCGAAAUAGGACCAAUUUCUGUUGAGUCGAAUGUAAUUUUGUUUUAAAUAAUGAAAGGAGCAUAAUAUUAAUAUAAGGAGGGAAUGAAUAGCGUACUUUUAAGUACAAAGCUAAUGUAAAUGGAUGGAUGUUUAGAUAGGAACGAUACUAAUAUUUGUAUAGCGCAAAUCAUGACGUACAAUCAAUGCUGACGGUCGUCGCUCAGCGGUUUUUAUUUAAAUCGAUUUAGAUUAUGUUUUAUAUCGAAUUAAUCGACUCACAAGUGCUGUAAAACAUGACAAUUUAUUGUUUUAAAUAACCGAAGUUAUGACAAAAAUGCUCUCCAUUAAAUGUGAGUUGAAUGUAAUUGGAAAUAAUGAUCUGAAAUGUACGAGACUACGCCCAAUUUGAACAACUCCAAUAGUUCAAAAGAGUGGCUAAAACCGAAUAAAUAAUGAAGUGUAAAUUCACUCCAUGUAUAGAUUUAAUUUGUUAAACGAUUUCUGUUGAUAAAUACCUAACCGUUACUAAAAUGAGACCAAAUAAAUUUAGGUACGUUUUUUAAAUAAUUCGUAUGUUUUUUUUUGUAGUUGGCAACAUUAAUGUUUAUGGUUUCGGUAUACAAUGACCAAUGAGAAUGAGUUCUUGAUAUUUUGAAUUCUAAAUUUAAAAGUUUUGACAGUUGGUACUGUUGUCAUUGUGUACAGGAAUCAUUCAUUUGUAGAUUGUAAAGUUAAUGUUAAAUAUCAACAUUAAAAUUUGUUGUUAUAAUUUUUGUGGAUUAAUUUUAAAUAUAGAUGUCGCUUAACUCUAACUUGAUGCAUAGAUUUGAACAUUUCGUUUAUGCAAGAAUAAAAUAUUUAUUCAGAAUACUGGUUACGAUUCUUAAUGAAAAAUAUAUCAUAUCACAUUAUAGGCCAAGUUUACCUAGAAAAUACUUGUACCUAUCAUAUCAAAACGAUACUCGAACAAUAAAACUAAAUUCUAAAUAUUAUUCCUACGAUAAUGUAUGAGUGGUAUAAAAUGAACACCUAUGCUUCAUGUUAAAAAAAAACUAGCAGAAAAACGUAUCCACAGAGAAUGUAAAAGUUUUUCUGACUUCUAUUUUCUAUGAUUCCGUAGACAAAGUGUUACCAUAGUUUAAUUAAUUUUACCUUUAAUACAUAUCUAUUUAUACAAGAAUAAAGUGUAUAUUUUCUAUUGUAAGAUGUGUGUGGAUGUGAGGUGCGAGCUCUAUAAUCCUUCAGUGUCUAACUACAUACCAUAUCUUUAAACUUUAGACAACUGUACUCAAGGACACAUAUACUGUUAUUCAGUGCAUAUUUUCUCCUCAUUACUUUACACUUAAAUGUACUAAAAUACUUAAGAAAUACUCCAGUAAGGGUUGUAACGAUAUUAUCGCGCGAAUUUGCAUAAAGUUUGGUGUUGCUAGCUGUUAAUUUGUUCAACAAUGUUGCCAGCAAUCGUUUUUUGGUACACGCGAUGUGCUGAUAUUAAAAUAUUGGUGCUAUUUUGAAAAAAGUGUACGUUUUUCGGUAUUGUGAUCGGUUGAACUGUAAUGAUUAUUUGCGAGUACAUAAAUAAUGGUUAUGUAAUGCACCAGUGAUUUGAAUUUUUAUGUAAAUAUCAAGUAAGGUUGUUUUUACAACGCAAUAAACUAAACUAAGGCAAGCUGACGCAAGAUUUGUUAAUAAAUUGUUUCCAUUUCCUCGCCUGUUUAGUACAAUGUCGUAUUAUUUCUCCGCUGGUAUUCCAAAGCUUGUAUAGGAACCAAAGACGAGAGUUUUCAUUAUAUAUUUUAUGUUGUUUCUUGAUUAUGUUUGCGAGUAUCACUUCUCGACUUGAUAACAAUAUCUUCGUGUAUCGAACAUUAGUUCUGAAAUGUUGAAUAGAUUUUUAUUAUCUUUUGAAAUUGGUACAUAAGUGGGGAUAAUUAUAUGAGUGGCAGCAUUUUGUUUCAAAUAAGUAUAGUGUGUUUAAACUAAUCUGUUCCAUUAAAAUAAUUUGAAUACUUAUUGACUUCAUUUGAACAAAAUUGUAAUAGAUAAAGAACAUCGGGCAUUUUUGUAUGGGACACUUACCUACGGCGAACAAAAAUAAAAUUAGGUACGGUGGAUAGGCAAUUUAAUCUAGUUCACAAUGGUAUAGUUCCCAUAUCUGUGGGUCGUGGCAAUAAGGAGAAAUUGGACAUUUAAAAAAUAUUUAUAAAUGUUUUUGGGCAAUAAUUGAAGAGGAAAAAGGGAAUCAAAAAUAAUUAAAACAACAUAUUUUUCUCUUAACUUUUGGCGAAGGACUGCGAUGAUGAUGACGAAGGACUGCGAUGUAGUAAGAUAAGCUAGCUACCUGCGCGAGCGCAACAUAAUACCAGUUUUAAGACUAUGGGCGAGAGUGAGAACGAAACAUGCACAUCAACUUGCCGGAUUUAGUCUGAUUGGGUUUACAAAAAUACCACGGAGUGAUAUUUUAACUUACUGAGCGGUCGUUUAGUAAUUAGGAAAAAUAGUCAACUUAAAAUAUCAUUUUCAUUUUACUAAUUAUUUCCAUUUUCCCAUUAUUGUGAAUCAAAAUAACUACACAAUAUUAAAUAUGAUUGCAAACACUAUCAUUUAAAAAUAUUUUGGUUUAUGUUCGCGACUUUUAAAAAAUCGGGUAAAAAACGCCCGAUGUCCUUUGUGAUUUCUGGGUUAUGAUAUUUUUUAUUGGUCCUUUUGGGAGUGUUAUAAGUGCGUCUUCUAGGACCAACUUCAAAACCCACUUAUGUAUCAAUUUGAACAAGAAUUUAUGUGUAUAUGAUUGCAGACAUAGUUUAUCGUUAUACAAGAUAAAACACACCAGUUUAUUUAUUGUUCCCAAGUAACAAUGCAAUGCAUUUGAUGUAAUAAACAAUAUAAAUAUUAUAUAA